GAAGAGCAAGAGGAGUGGAAUUAUUAAAAAUAAUCUUCUUGCAUAUAGUAUUAGAAAACAAGUACGCCAUGUUAGAUUAUACGUAUGUAGCAUGUGAAUUAUGUGUACUAGUUGAAUAAAAAUGGAGAGAAAAAAAAAAAAAAAUUUAGUCAUGACCCAAACAAAGUCUUAGAUAAAUUAUAAAUCCAGCCGGAGAGAGUUCAUUAGUGGGAUUAAUCAAAUAGUGAACCAAUAGAAUUGGUCACUAUUGACAGCUCUUCUCCAACGACUAGUUUCACUAUAAAUAUUUGUGGACAUUGAAUACCAUUGUCAUCAUCUCAACCAAACCUCUCUACGACUACUAGCUCUUUUAAACUAGCUAGUUCUCUCAAAGCCAAAGAGAGAUUGGAUUCAGAUCCAUUGGCCGGAGCUGGUGAAUUUUCCAGCAAGAGAUGGCGUUCCACGGCGGCGACCCCUUUUGGGGUCGUCUAUGGCCACAAUUGUUAGUGGCAUUGGCCAUUGUGGUUGUUUCAAAUAAUUUAGUCUCGGCGGACCCUUAUUUGUACUCCUCUCCUCCACCACCUUAUGAGUACAAGUCACCGCCGCCUCCUUCGCCUUCUCCACCACCACCUUAUGAGUACAAGUCACCGCCGCCUCCUACUCAUUCUCCACCACCGCCAUAUGAGUACAAGUCUCCACCGCCACCUUCUCCUUCUCCGCCGCCGCCAUAUGUGUACAAGUCACCUCCACCACCUUCUCAUUCUCCACCACCACCGUAUGAGUACAAGUCACCGCCACCGCCUUCUCCUUCUCCACCACCACCAUAUGAGUACAAGUCACCUCCACCACCUUCUCAUUCUCCACCACCACCAUAUGAGUACAAGUCACCUCCACCACCUUCUGAUCCUUCUCCACCACCAGCAUAUGAGUACAAGUCACCUCCACCACCUUCUCAUUCUCCACCACCACCAUAUGAGUACAAGUCACCUCCACCACCUUCUCCUUCUCCACCACCACCAUAUGAGUACAAGUCACCUCCACCACCUUCUCAUUCUCCACCACCACCAUAUGAGUACAAGUCGCCACCACCACCCUCCAAAUCCCCACCACCAUAUGAGUACAAGUCGCCACCACCACCCUCCAAAUCCCCACCACCACCUUACUACUACAAGUCCCCACCACCACCUUCACCAUCACCUCCACCACCUUACUACUAUAAGUCUCCACCACCACCCUCCAAAUCCCCACCACCACCUUACUACUACAAGUCCCCACCACCACCUUCACCAUCACCUCCACCACCUUACUACUACAAGUCUCCACCACCACCCUCCAAAUCCCCACCACCACCUUACUACUAUAAGUCCCCACCACCACCCUCACCAUCACCACCACCACCUUACUACUACAAGUCUCCCCCACCACCAUCACCCUCUCCUCCACCACCAUACUACUACAAGUCCCCACCACCACCCACCAAAUCACCACCACCACCUUACUACUACAAAUCUCCCCCACCCCCUUCACCAUCACCUCCACCUCCUUACUACUACAAGUCCCCACCACCACCAUCUCCUUCACCUCCACCACCUUACUACUACAAGUCACCACCACCACCAUCGCCAUCACCUCCACAUCCCUACUAUUACAAGUCUCCACCACCACCAGCUAAAUCCCCACCGCUGCCACCACCUUACUACUACAAAUCUCCACCACCACCAUCCAAGUCCCCUCCCCCUCCAUACUAUUACACUUCUCCACCACCACCUUACAAGUCUCCUCCAACUCCAUACUACUAUACUUCUCCACCACCACCUGUCCCUCACCCUCACCCUCACCCCCACCACCACCCACUGGUUGUCAAGGUGGUCGGAAAAGUGUACUGCUACAGAUGCUAUGACUGGACAUACCCAGAAAAAUCUCAUGACAAGAAACACCUCAAAGGUGCUGUUGUUGAGGUGAUAUGCGAGGCAGGUGAGAAAAAAAUUAUGGCCUAUGGUAAGACCAAGAUCAAUGGUAAAUUCAGUAUCACCGUUGAAGGGUUUGACUAUGUCAAAUAUGGAGCCAAGGCUUGCAAGGCUCAUCUCCACAUGGCGCCAAAGGGUUCACCAUGCAACAUACCAACUAACCUCCAUUGGGGCAUGAAGGGUGCUAAGGUCACAGUCAAGUCAAAGGACAAGUAUGAAGUUGUGCUCAAGGCCAAGCCAUUUGCCUAUGCUCCCAAGACUCCUUACAAGGAGUGUGAGAAGCCUAAGGCCAAGCCUACCCCUACUCCUUACAUCUACAAAUCUCCACCACCACCACCACCUACCUACAUCUACAAGUCUCCGCCUCCACCACCGGCUACUUAUGUAUACAAAUCACCACCACCACCUACUUACUACUACAAGUCCCCACCACCACCUUCGCCAGUAGUACACCCACCUUACUACUACAAGUCCCCACCUCCACCUUCUCCAUCCCCUCCCCCGCCUUAUUAUUAUAAGUCUCCACCUCCAUCGUCUCCAUCCCCUCCCCCGCCUUAUUACUAUAAGUCCCCACCACCACCUUCGCCAAUAGUGCACCCACCAUACUACUACAAGUCCCCACCUCCACCUUCUCCAUCCCCUCCCCCGCCUUAUUACUAUAAGUCUCCACCUCCACCGUCUCUAUCCCCUCCCCCGCCUUAUUACUAUAAGUCCCCACCACCACCUUCGCCAAUAGUACACCCACCAUACUACUACAAGUCCCCACCUCCACCUUCUCCAUCCCCUCCCCCACCUUAUUACUACAAGUCUCCACCUCCGCCUUCUCUAUCUCCACCUCCCCCGUACUAUUACAAGUCACCCCCACCACCAUCGCCAUCUCCCCAUCACGAUCCUUACUAUUACAAAUCACCUCCACCACCAUCACCCCCACCGCCACCACCCUACUAUUACAAAUCACCCCCACCACCUUCGCCAUCUCCUCCACCAACAUACUAUUACAAGUCUCCACCACCACCAUCACCCUCUCCACCACCACCAUACUACUACAAAUCUCCUCCCCCACCAUCGCCAUCUCAUCCUCCGCCAUACUACUACAAGUCCCCACCACCACCAUCGCCGUCUCCUCCCCAUCCCUAUUAUUACAAGUCCCCACCACCACCCUCACCAUCACCUCCACCACCUUAUUAUUACAAGUCCCCACCACCACCCUCACCAUCUCCUCCACCACCUUACUAUUACAAGUCUCCACCACCACCCUCACCAUCUCCCCCACCACCUUACCACUACAAGUCUCCACCACCACCCUCCAAAUCACCUCCACCACCAUACUACUACAAGUCCCCACCACCACCCUCACCAUCACCUCCACCACCAUACUACUACAAAUCCCCUCCCCCACCAUCACCAUCACCCCCACCUCCUUACUAUUACAAAUCACCCCCACCACCAUCAACAUCUCCUCCUCACGAUCCCUACUACUACAAAUCCCCUCCACCACCAUCACCAUCACCUCCACCACCCUACUAUUACAAAUCCCCCCCACCACCAUCGCCAUCUCCUCCACCACCAUACUACUACAAGUCUCCCCCACCACCAUCACCCUCUUCUCCACCACCUUAUUACUACAAAUCACCUCCCCCACCAUCACCAUCACCUCCACCACCAUACUACUACAAGUCCCCACCACCACCAUCACCGUCUCCUUCUCCCACAUACUACUACAAGUCCCCACCACCACCCAAGUCGUCUCCUCCACCUCCUUACUACUACAAGUCUCCUCCUCCGCCAUCUCCAUCUCCCCCACCUCCCUACUACUACCACUCCCCACCCCCACCAUCCCCAUCACCACCUCCUCCCUACCUUUACAAGUCUCCACCACCACCGUCGUCAUCUCCUCCACCUCCCUACCACUACACAUCUCCACCACCACCAUCACCGUCUCCUCCUCCACCUUAUGUCUACAAAUCCCCACCACCACCAUCUCCCUCACCACCUCCUCCCUAUGUCUACAAGUCCCCACCUCCCCCUUCACCAUCUCCUCCUCCCCCAUACCUCUACAAAUCACCACCCCCACCCCUGAAAUCACCUCCACCCCCGGCCUACAUCUACGCUUCUCCACCACCGCCAACUCCCUACUAAGCUCCAAAAGCUUAGCCAUUCACCAGCUCCAGUCAUCUUUUACUUUCAAAAACAGAAUAAAGGAAGGGUCCAUGAAAAGUGUAUUCAGAAAUCAAGCCUCCAACAUCCCUAGUCAAUUCAAUAAGGUCAUGAACAUUGCAUUUGAAAGCUUCAAUCUUUGCAUUUGGGACCAGUUUACUUCUACCUCUCUGGUGGCCACCCUACACAUUUUGCUGGUUCUAUCUUUAAGUGGGAAUGGCAAAGGCUUAGGGCUUGGAAGUGGGUGAAACUAUCCGCUGGUUGUCUUUUUUUCCUUUAGGGUUGUCUAUUAUAUAAUUUAUUGUAUAGAGGAUUAUAUGGUCUUGUAUGAUUGAUCAUCUAUUUAUUAUGAGUUAUUUAUUUGUACCUUGUGCUAAAUUGUUUCUAAUAAUGGUAGACAUUCCUGUCACAAAUUUUUUUC